AUGGGGGUCUUUGCGCAAGACAACUACCUACAGCCGGAAUACCAGCAGGCUGGUUAUGACAAUCCGGGAUAUGGCGAGCCCACGGAGCCAGUUUACCCCCCAACGCCAUACAAUUUCGGCUACGACACAGAGGACGAAUACGGCAACAAACAGUUUCACAAGGAGGAAGGCGACUCCAACAACAUCAAGACUGGAUCGUACGGCUACACGGACGCCAACGGGCUCUACAGACGCGUCAAUUACGUGGCCGACGGCACGGGAUUCCACGUUACCAUUACCACCAACGAGCCCGGCACGGCCCCUGGACGCAGCGCGGAUGCAAUCUACAACGCUGACCCCGUGGUGGUGCCACCAGUCGUAGGCCGUGCUUCAGCCACGGGUCACGUGCUGUCUUACGCCGUCGCGCCAUCAUACCUCGUUAAGGCGGCCCCGUAUGAAUCUUUGGCGCUCGGUCACCUCGGAUAUCCCGCCUAUAUUAACGGCGAGUACGGGCGGAGGAAGCGAAGCGUCGUUUAUCGGAAGUGA